AUGGGUUCAGUCAGACAAAGACAAAAGAGUAAAUCAGGUGCAAAGAGAACCACACGUCGUACCAAAGAUAGACAAAGAGAUGUUAACAUCGCUUCAAAUCCAAUCAUUGCAGCAAAUUGGGAUCAUUCUUUAACUUUAGCACAAAAUUAUAAAAAGUUGGGAUUAAAAGUUAAGUUAGGAACUCCAGCAGGAGGUGUUGAACCUAUAUUAGAUCCAAAGAGACAGAGAAAACAUAAAACCCAAGAGGAAAAUGUUGAACCAAUAGGUGAAACUGAAGAUGAAAUACCUGAAGGUGAAGCUAGAAUUAUUAGAGAUGAAAAUGGUGAAGUUUUAAAAGUUAUAUAUGGUAGAAAGAAGGUUGAUCCGAAUGCAUCAGAACAAGAAAAACCAAAAACUGAAGUUAUUAAACAAUUAGAACAAUUUGCCAAUACUAGAGUUGCUAAAACUGAUAGAGUACAAAGUGAUAGAGAAGAAGUUUGGUUAGAAGCAUUAUAUAAGAAACAUGGUGAUGAUUACGGUAAAAUGAUGUGGGAUAAGAAAUUAAAUAUACAUCAACAAAGUAGUGGUGAUAUAAGAAGAAGAAUCUUGAAAUGGAAAAAGAAAAAUGGUAUUAAUUAA